UCUAUAAAUACAUAUCUUUUCUCACAUUAUUUUUUCAUAUCUUAACAUUUUUCUUCUUUCAUUUAUAAACACAGCUAAGAGUCGCCGCAAGUGAGAGAAAAAAACAAUUCAAAUUUGCUGCUGCGGAAGUAAUUAAAAGUUUCAAUUUCUUCCGCUGCAGCUUUAAUUUGAUUAUCUAUCGAUCGACUCUUAGCACUUACAAUGGCUCGUUAUUUCUCCAACUGCAAAAUUAUCUCUGCUUUUGUUGUAGACUCUGUUUCUGUAGCUAUUCAGAGACGUGGAUACGCGGCUUCAUCACAAGGUGCUGUUUCUGGUAGUGUAAGAGGUACUGGGGCUGUUAGAAGCAAUGUGAUGGAAUCAAACAAGACAACUUCAUGGGGACCAGAUCCUGUUACAGGUUAUUACAGGCCAGAAAGUCAUGUUAAAGAAAUGGAUGCUGCUGAGCUUAGGAACAUGUUGUUGAAGUACAAACCUAGACAAAACUAAAAAGGGAAACAUAGAAUCAAGAAUGCUUCUCGAGGAGCAGAUACGGAUUCAAGAUUUGAAUGUUAAGAGUUAUGUUGAACUCGUUGUACUUUUGAAAUUAUGAGUUCCAGAAUGUAAUGUUAGUGGAAAUAUAGUAAUUUUCUCACAGAUUAUGUAUGUUCUUCGUGUAGAAAAAAUGUUUAGUUCAGUUGAAUCAUUGGAACUAUACUACAUAGAUGCCUUUGUUGAGAGAAAGAGGCAGAUUUAGGAUUGAAACAUUCAACGUUUAUGUUUUCUUCACUGAAUUUAUUGUACUUGUGAGUUUAGAAUGUAAUGUUAAUGAAAACUAUAGUUAUUUCUUAUUUUGAAA